CGUGUCGUUAAACAAAUAAUUAUACGGUGCUGCCUGUACGGCGAAAGGCGCCGCUCUCCAGCACUAUGACCAAGUAGCAGCGGCAAAAGUGUAUCAUAUCUAACUUUUAACUUUGUUGGCGUAAAACCCGCUGUGUCGCCAUGGCUUUCCCGUCAUCAUGGCAAACAGAAGAAGAGUCCCCCGGGACAGACACGGGAUGAUUUCCUAGCCAGUCGCUAAAUUUAGGAAAAGUGCGUUUUUGGGUGUAACUUUGCCCGUACACCGGUAGUUGAAACGCACCCACGUCGGGGCCUCGGGAAAGGAUGUCUCAUGGCAGAAGGAUCGGUCAGCUCUGGGAGUACGGGUCCAACCCUCCAACGCAGGGACCCUCAACUCAACACCAGCAGUUCCACGACGAUGAAUCGGCGUAUGGCGGACUACUCUGGAAGUGACUGAAUGGUUGGACGUGCACGGUUGUACUGAGACAGUGAGUUUUGGAGCGUAAAGGCCACCCUUGUGUCUCUUGCUCUCUCCGGUUCUGCUACAGGCGAGCCGUUCAAACUGCGACCACACCCUCCGCGCUUCCUGGUGCCGCGCUCCUUGCAGCGGGAGCGGCGCGUUGCAACGCUACUGCGACUUUCGCUUUUUUUGUGGGGGGAUCUCCGUUUCGUUUUUAUUUUGGAGUGAGUGACUUAGCCCCGUGUGCUGCAAUAUUAGACUUGUACACGCACACACCCCGUGGCUUGCAGAGCAGCAGGUUAUGGAUCGCCGGACCCACUGCUACCUACACAGGAUAUGCGGGUGUGCACACUCCUCUCUCUGGAGUUGAGAUGAAGAAGGCGUAUGGUGGACAAUGCCAGUGGAAAUAAGACUACCCGACGCGCUACUUUCUGAUACUGGAUUGCAUAUGAAAAAGAAAAGAUUGAAAGUCGUCGGAGUCGUGGUGUCGUGUCUCCGGACGUUUUGCUCCUAGUGGAUUUACUUGUGUGGGACUCAUGGGAUGAUGAUGUCCAGCGGUCCAGCGGUGAAGAGAAACCCGGGCCCGGGUGGCACCCGGUUCAUAACAAGCAUGACUCUGUUUCUCAGUCCACUUGGGCCGAUCAAACUCAAUGGGGAUAACUUGGAUAAGUACUCGGUGCUGUUGCGUCCUACUUGCUCCCAUGCAAGUAGACAUACAAUAGUUGUCUUGAUAACGGAAUUGUAGGAAACAAAGCAACACAAACAGAGAAGCUGAGACAGAGUCAUCUAUUGGGAAUGUAUCCCAAUCAAAAACGGUAAUGAGAUAUUGAGGCUUCUGUUUCUCGCCUGCACUUUGCCUUGUAUUUAGAAGGCGCUUGAGGAGCACUGAUAUCUGAUCAGUUACAACCUGUGAAUUGUAUUAUUUCACAAACACCUGGGACAACAGAUCGUUUUUUGUUUUGUUUUAUUUCCAGGGCAUUUCAUUUGUAAACCAAAUAGUUUGUCACACUGAUUGUAUAAUUGAAGGGAUUCUAUUUUUUGAUUCUUGUAUUGUUAAACUUCUAGUGACUAAAGAGCAUAACAGUUAUGUGACGGGGAUAUGGGUCAUCGUAGAGUUGGUCAUAUAGCUUGUUCUAUUUUAAUAUUUCAAAUUUAGCGAGAAAUUUACUCAAUUACAAUGGGCUCUCACUAGAUGUUUACAUUAAGAAUGCAUGACCUGUUUGUUGAUACAUAACACAAGGUUGCUUACCUAGACUCUGAAGGAUAUCAAAGAAGACAAGUUUGGCCAGUUUUAUAUUUAAUUUCUUUAAACCUGUUGCAUUUCCUCAUCUUUUAGAAAAAAGUCAAAAAUAACGCAGUGUGCAGCGAAAGCAACUUCAAAGUAAGCCGCAACCCCUCCCCUGCUAGUGCAGUGUUCAUCCCCACCUACCCACCCCCUCCUCCCCCUUCCUCCCCCCCCUUUCUAUUAUGGCUAGUGGUGGCUCGGGCAAGUCAGCCAGCGACGGGUCCACCAGUGCACCGAGCGGCAGCCUGCAGCAGAGGAAGAGGCUCUCCUCGGUCUGUGACAUCUGUAAGGGCAAGAUGCAGCUGGUGGCGGACCUCCUGCUGCUCUCCAGCGAGACGCGGCCGGUCAUGAGCUCGGAGGGCGUGGCCGUGGCGGAGACCUUCGAGCAGUGUCGCGACACGGUGAUCGCCCGCACCAAGGAGCUGUCCAUCCUCACCCACGACAUCCAGAGCCAGCUCAACAUGGGCCGCUUCACCGAGGUGGGCGACCGGCUGCUGGAGAUGGGCGACCUGGUGGUGUCGCUCACCGAGUGCUCGGCGCACGCCGCCUACCUGGCGGCGGUGGAGACGCCGGGCUCCCAGCCCUGCCAGCCGGGCCUGGUGGACCGCUACAAGGUGACCCGCUGCCGCCACGAGGUGGAGCAGAGCUGCGGCGUGCUGCGGGUCACGCCGCUGCCCGACCUCUCGCCGCAGCUCCUACUGGAGCUGUCGCAGAACAUGUCGGCCAACCUCAAGACUCUCACGGACUCCUCGUCGCUGGCCAGCGAGCGCUCGCGCGACCGCUUCGCCAAGGAGCAGUUCAAGCUCGGCGUGAAGAGCAUGAGCACCAGCGGCACGGCGUUCCUGGCGUGCGUGCGUGAGGUGAAGAACCAGCCCAGUGAGCUGACGCGCAGCCGCUGCGUGCUGUUCAGCGCCGCCCUGGUGCAGGCGGUCAACGCGCUGGUGGGCUUCGCCACGGAGCCCCAGUUCCUGGGCCGGGCGGCCAGCAUCUCCGGCGAGGGCAAGGGGGUGCAGACGGCGGUGCUGGGGGGCGCCAUGAGCGUGGUGUCGGCCUGCGUCCUCCUGACUCAGGGGCUGCGCGACGUGGCCCAGCAUCCCGAGAGCAGCUCCAAGAUGGCCGACUACCGGGAGCGGCUGCGGAACUCUGCGUGCGCCGUGUCGGACGGCUGCACGCUGCUCUCCCAGGCGCUCCGGGAGCGGUCGUCGCCCCGGACGCUGCCGCCCGUCAACUCCCAUUCUGUGAAUUAGUUUAGAGAGAGAGAGAGAGAAAGAGAGAGCGCCCGAAUUAUAACCCACCUCGCCGCCCUCCCUACGACGGCGAUACCAAAGAGACUUGCUUGGUUCGGCCCUCGAUUCGGCAGGUUUUAGAGGAGGCAGUCGAGGAAGGCAGACCAAGGGUCCGCUUUCGGACGUAUCGGAACAUUCAACCGUGGUUUAACCGUUGUUUUCUAAGAGCACACAUAUACAGUUUGCAAAGGUGUUGCGUCGCGCUGGAUGUGACCAAAAAAAGCCUUCCUAAGAAAAUAAAGAUAACUGACCCUGUGGUCAUCGGCAGCCUGAUCCACGCUCCUUGGGGCCUCUUUCGCUAUGAAGACGCCGGCUAAUGUCUCGAAACCUAAAACGUUUACCUCAGUUUUCAGAUCUGAUGAAAACAACAGCGUCGAUGGGAUGGAUGGAGCCUUGAUGUGUACACCCAUGGUUGGGUGGCCUGCCUGUACGAGUACUCAUACGUACGUUUGCAAGUUGGGAAGAUUGUGUAACUGAUUGGGUUUCUUUUCCGACGAGUGUGAAUUUUCAAAGGGUGGUAGCUGCUGUGAGUGUGUGCCAUAGGUUUUACACUAUUUACCGGACUUACAAUAGUAUUUUAACGUGUCUCUUUUGAUCAUGCAUGUAAAGGAGUAUUUAUUUCAACUAUUAAAAUGAUGUUUCAGAUAAUAACGUUUGUCAAGAGUAGUGUCUUAGUGUCCAAGGAUUAUUUAUGUUGGUAUACUGUGUUGUCAAAGUAAAUUCCCUUUAUCCUUUUAAAACUAUUGAAUUAUUUUGCUACAGGAUAGUGGAGUGACUGGGCAUGUGACACCUUUGACUUCCAGCCAAAAGGUUCUUGUCUUGGUAGUAUUAGGAUCCAUUCCCAAAGUCCACAUUGAGCAUAAUGCCUAACCCAGUACAAAUAUACGAAAACUGUCCAAAUAGUCAAAUUUAUUUUCUUGCAGAAUGUGUGGGGCUAUUUGCAGCAUUGUUAAACCGGUGACACAAGUCACUCGACCGUGAACAGGGCUAAAUAAAAAAUCCUGUUCCUCCUGUUAUCGGUUCAACAUAACGCCCCACCAAUAUGAUUCACUUGGUGUUAAUAUAUAUAUAGUCUCAUUCAAAAUGUUAUUAGCACUGUAUCCUUUAAAUUUGACCUACCACUGCUACAGAUCAAUUGUUACACUUGACUGUUGGUCUCAGGUCUUUUGUGUUUCUAUUUUAACGAAAAUUAUAGUCAAAACGUGUCACUGAGUAAGUAACAGCAGUCUCUUGUUGCCUCUGCCCUCAAGCUCUAACCGUGAAGUGAAGAAGCUCAUCACUUCCUUCCUACGUGGGUGAAGUUUUCAAUCAGUGGGAUAGGUAACCUAAAAAAAUAAAUAAUAUGAUUCAGAGGGUGUUACAAACUGUCAACUAUCGGAGAGAGAUACGACCACACGUUGUACCCUGGUCAGUCUACACACCACCCCGGUCUUCUCUUGUGUACUGCCCUCAACUAACACAUUCCUGGCAGGCCCCUGGCAGAUAACAUGGGCAUGGUGGAACGUUCGAAGGCUGCUAUCUUCGGCUCCGCAGAGUAACCCACGUUGAACGGAGACACCGCUUCGCCCUGCUUGUCCUGGCCCGGGGCUUCUCCUCAAGCGCCUGUAAGCCCGAGGUCUUGACAGAACCGGCUGCCCCCAAAUCCUGCUUUAAUGAAAGUUUAUUGUGUUGAGAAGUCCUGCACACCGCUGCAUUACGACGGGAGUUUAUUCCAAUCCAACACGAAGA